ACGCAUUAGAACAAACCAUCAUAACGUUUAUGCCGUUUCUUCACGUUGGCUCGCACAGCCAGUCAAGCUGGCUCGGGCACGAACGACACAUCCGGAGGAUUUCAAUUUCAGUCAUUAUUUCUACCGAUCUAAUAUACUUUAAAAGACGCCGUAGAAAUGGAGGUGAUACACACCAAGGGUAUUUGGAUGGCAGAAUAUCUGCAGCAGCAGACAAAGAACCUAGAGCAGUUCUGGCUCACCAUCACUCACUUUGGAGAUCCUCAAGUAGGAUUUCUGUUCGUGUUCCCUUUAACUUAUUUUGUGUGUAAUCGAUUGGGAGUUGCGGUGCUGUGGGUCUCAGCGCUAUCGGAGUGGUUAAACCUGAUGCUUAAAUGGGUGCUGUUUGGAGAAAGGCCAUUCUGGUGGGUUGGUGAAUGUCAACUAUUUGUCAACACAAAGCCCAACAUCUCCCAGUUUCCAUGCACCUGUGAAACUGGCCCAGGCAGUCCGUCAGGACACUCGAUGGUGACUGCUGCAGUCUGGUGGGUUGUGGUGCCCCCUCUCAGCUCCUUUCUGCACUCCCACACUCACUGUUGGGUUAUAUCAGCUGCUCCCUAUCUGAUUUACGGGCUGCUGCUGGGUGCCGUUGGAAUAUCCAGGAUCUUUAUCCUGGCUCAUUUUCCUCACCAGGUUGUUACUGGUAUCAUUGCAGGUAUCUUUCUGGGGAUUUUUCUUGUCCGUAAAGUGCCAGAAGGGCGCCCCCUAUUGUUCUUUGUGAGCUUCAGUGCAGGAAUGCUGUUCAGUGCUCUGAUUCUGAAUGCUGGCCUGCAGCUGGUUGGCAUUGACCUCUUCUGGACUGUCGCUUUAGCAAAGAAAUGGUGCAGCCGUGCUGAUUGGAUCCGCUUGGACACAGUCCCAUUGUCCUCCCUAGCCCGGGACUGUGGGACCCUUCUUGGCCUGGGGAUGGCCCAGUACUGGAAGCAAGGCGGACUGUCGUUCAAUCACCGCGCUCUUUCCCUGGCUGUGUCAUCCGUUGGGCUUUACCUCAUGUACAUCCUGCCGUUCCCUGACAAAUCACAAGGCCUCUUUUACUGCUUGGUCUUCGUCAAGUUCACCCUGGUGCCUCUGAUUGUCAUGGUGGUCAGUCCUGGGCUGGUUCACGUUUUCACACGCAAAAUGAAAAAGGAUUAGAGAGGCACUUCUUCACACAAGUCCAAGUUCUCUUGUCUUGAGUCUUUUACUCUUCUUACUUCUGAAUGUUUCAACUCUAAAUGUUAUAUUUCAGAUAUACAUCUCUAUUUAAUGGUGUUAAACAGGAACCAAAAAUUUAUGGUCAUUUCUUUUUAUAAGUGAUGUGAUCAAGUCACUUAUUUUUAGUUUGUCAAAAUAUUUGUAUCUUUGACAAUGCACUUUAGCAAUUUUCUGGAGCUAAUUGUGGGACCUUUUUGUUCCUCUGUUUCUGGAACAAAAACAGAAAUAUUUCCAAAAGUAGCAUUGUCUCUUCUGCAGUGAACAGCAACAGGAGGAGGAACUACUGUAUGUACUCUGGCAUCUCAUUAAAAGUAGUUCAAUUUGUAGGAAAUGUUUCAUGGAUAGUUUGAGGUUUCAAGACCAUUACAUUUGAAAACCUCAGUAUCCUUUAAUGCAGCUUACACUGGCCCGUGCAUAUAAGGCGACUUAACGUUGUGUCAAAUUGUUUAAAGUUAACAGCACUUUCACACAUACCAGAUGUGCCAAACGUUAGAUUUAAAUCACUUUUUUUUUUUUUACAGGCCCAGGUGUAAAGAUAUUGGUGGCCCAGGUGGUCGAGAUAUUGAGUCUAUGCUAUUUUAAACUGUAGUUUUUUAGAGUCAUUUACUUUUGCAGCAAAAGGGAAAAAAAAAAAUACAAAAACAAAACUAUUUUACUGUGCAGUUGGACACCUGUUUUUUUUAUGCUUCCUUUCUGGACUAUUUAGUUAAAUCCUUUGAAGAGCCAACUAAAAAACAUUCCUUGCCUGUCAAAUUUCUACAUAUUCAUAAAGUAGCUAAUUAAUCCAGAUCCACAAAGUCUUAACACUUAAAUCUUUCUUAAUAGGAAGAUUUAUUUUUGAAUUGAGGAAACAUGUCAAUGUUAUUCAAAUUUAUACUAAUAUUUUUGAUUUCUGUUUCUACAAAUUAAAAAUUCUAUUUUAAGAGCCCUUAGAGGAUUGAGUCCAGAUUUUUUUUUUUUUGCCAGGGUAUGGAAAGAAAAAAUUGCUAACAUUGUGCAAAAUCUUGGUUUCAUGUUGUUUCAUGAGUUUGAUACUCUAUCACAUGCAGAUUAACAUCUUUUUAGCAUAUCUAUGCAAUCGACAAGUCAAAAAAAUAAAUGACUGACAUGCAUGACGUGUUUCAGUUUAUAACCAUUUAUAAAUAUGUUCUUUUUUUUAAUACAUAGUUUGGACUGUACAUGUUACAAUCAGUUAUCAUGAGAUAAAAACACAUUCUUUUUUAACAUUUUUAAUGAAACUUUAUCACAGCGAUCUGAAAGCUCACAUUUACAGACAAGAGAACUCUGCUCAGCAAGCAAAUACGUUAAAAACUAAAAUAAAGGAAAUCUUUUACUCGUCUGGUGAGGCUGAAGGAGAAUGAUGACAGUUCGGGGACAGCAGUAGUCUCCUUAUCUUAAUCCCGACACCUUAUCACACACUGCUAUACAUGUUUCUGCUGGAGCUUCAUGGAAAGAAUAGAACAUGCAUCGGACUAUUUACAGCAAACCAAUAUACACGUACAGCUCGAACUCGAACGCCCUUGGACUCCCACAACUGAACAAGUCCUGUUUAAGGUAGGUAUGAUACAGUUGACCUUCAUUUCUCUGGUAGCUGUUAAAACAGGAGACGAGGAGGAAAUCUCUCUGUUGAUCAUCUUUAUCUGACAUCACAAAGUAAAAAGCUACAGACAAAAAGCCUAUAACUUUUGUCAAAUAUAACAAGAACUUGACUAUUUUUGUUAUUCCACAUUACGAUGACUCCAAAUAUGGAGUUUCUGGAGAAAAUACCAAGCUUUAUUAUUAUUAUUCUAUAAUUCUAUUCUCUUUCAGCAGAUUUAUAUUAUUUCCAACAUUUGUGCAUUUAAGAAGCUGUUCUAACAUAGACUUUUGUUUGUUUGUUUGGAACAAGGUGAGACAUGAUUUGGCCUUUAAAAAACAAAACGAACCCACAAAUCCGAGCCGGACCGAGUGCAGUAUCUAAACCACUAUAUACAGCUUGUGCUAGAAAGUCUAUACAUCCUCGCCAGUUUUAAAAACGUCGUUCUCUCCUCAUACCGUCACUCACCACCAAGCUGAAAAAUUAUACAGUAAUGGAAUCUAUGACAGUCUGGCCGCAUCGGACGCAGACCCACGCUCUCCAAAUUCACCAAGCGCAACAACCAAAGUAGAUAAAAUAUAUAAAGUGCACCCUUAGUUCAAAAUGUAAGACGUAUUCAUAGGGCAGAACUGGCUGGGGG